ACAAUGCAGGGUUCGGAGAGAAAACAGAAAAUUCUUUUGGCCUCAUAACUCCCACCCCAGGAGUGUCUUGGGCGAGAGCCAAAUAGUAAAUAGUCCUUCGGGAGAGGGGAAAUGCAAGAGAAGACUGGGAACUGGGGGCCUGCAGAGGCGUCGGCGUUCGCAUGUCUCUGUGUGGCUGCAAACGUCUGGCCUGUUGCUUGUAACAGCUCCGGGAUUAAACACUGGGAGUAGAUAGCCAAGGGAACGUACAGGAUUUGAGGAAGCCCCGAUCUACCACUGUCAUCCCCCCCACCCCCCAGUCUCAUAAGCACUGUUAUUUGCUGGUGCCUGGUUCCGUGUUUUCCGCUGUCUGGAAACUCUGAGUACCUCCUUCAUCCUCUGCCCACUUACCUUUCUGAGUGGCCUCACUCCGCCUGCUCCUCUUCUGAAAAGAACCCAAAACACAUUCCCUUCCAUUUGAAAUUAGGAAAACACGGGAAGGACGUUGACAGCAGGACCAAAUCGGCAUUCAGAACUACGUUUGCUGGGUGCAAUCUGCUUAUUAUACCUAUUGCCUUUUUAUUAUUAUUAUUUCUUGUUUUUACAUCUCUGCCUUCUUGCGUAUUUACAUGGACUCCUCAGUAAAGCCUUUCAGUACGAAUCAAUAAGAAUCUGUCCUUUUCCGGUUGACGUCUGCCUUCCCUGGCUUUCACCGAUGGGAGGGGGAUAUUUGUGGGAGCGGCUCAGCGCCCGGUGAGCCUAACGACCCUCCUGGCCCGGAAUUUGGCAAAGCCUAAGCUCCACACUUUUACAGGCAGAUGGUUAAGUUCUCCCAGGUUAGUGCCAGGUUUCAACGUCAUGCUGUGAUUUUGUUCUUCUGAAACAGGACGAGCGUUGCUUCCCAGAGAGGCCCUAUUAGAACAGAAAGAAAAUCUUCUAAAUAGGCAGAACAAGGCAUCAGGAGGGAAAGUUCUCUAAAUGCACUUUAAUACAACCGGGUAUUGUGUAGAAUUCAGCGCCCAACACCGUUUAGCCGGAGAGUUAUGGCAGUGAUUGGGGAUGAAUAGAGAAACAUAAUGGAUACAUGUGGCGUUUGCUCAUUAUAUUCAAGUUAGCCUAACUCCGCUGUGGAAACUGUUCAACUUUCUCUCCCCUUAGCUUGUCACAGUGAAAUAAUACAGACAUCGGGGCCUCCAAUGGGAUCGCCCGCCACGCCAUUCUAUCUCCACUGCUAACGAGGGCUUCAUAAGCCUUUGAUACAGACUGAGCUUUGAAACCUUUCCAGAUCUCCUCAAGCUUAUGCUAAAUCCUAUUUGGAACUUUUUUUUUCCUUUCCUGCUAGCGCCAGGACUUAAGAAAGCCAUUUGGGCAGUGACACGCAUACUAACAUAUCGUAGGGCUCUUUUCUGAAAGGGAAAAGGCAGCUGUGAUUACCGGGGCUCACACGAGCAAAACACAGUUGCGUACACAAAUUUGAAUAAAAUCCAUUUUUCCUCAUCCUUCAGGCUUUUUCAUCGACAGGCUGUUCCUGGCGUCGUGGGAAGCUGAGAGAGAAAAGGAAGCAGAGCCUCACUCCACAGAGCAAGCUCAGAAUCCUCAGAGCCUUUCCACAUUAAAAGGAUUGUCAGAGGCUGGCGGAGGAGCGGUGUUAUAGAGCAAGGCGACCAUUGGCUGCCAGGCUCGGGUGAUUUGCAUAGAGGCGCAUAUAAAGGCGGAGGCGGCUCGCAGCGGCGCAGCUCUCGCUCAGAGAAAGGAGGGAGAAGCGCAGAGUGAGGGCGGGUCCGCGCGUCCUCAGAGCCUGCCGGAGCCGGAGCUGCAGCCCGCAGACUUCUCCCGCGCAGGGCUUGCAAAGGACGUGCUCCUGGGAAUCUGGGACUCACGCCCCGACCUGCAAAACAGCCAAGACCCUCCUCUUUGGCCUUUCGAAAUAGCAUUUGGGGCUGGCGGCAUGAGUCCUGUGAGGCGCGGGGGCAUCCCUUGCCUUUUCCCCUUGCAGCUCUUCAGCCUCUGCUGGGUGCUUUCAGUGGCCCAGAGCAAGACUGUUCGAUACAGCACCUUCGAGGAGGAUGCGCCCGGCACGGUAAUCGGGACCCUGGCUGAGGACCUGCAUAUGAAAGUGUCUGGAGACACAAGCUUCCGCCUGAUGAAGCAGUUCAACAGCUCUCUGCUCCGGGUGCGCGAGGGCGAUGGGCAGCUGACCGUCGGGGACGCAGGCCUUGACCGUGAACGGCUGUGCGGCCAAGCCCCGCAGUGCGUGCUGGCCUUCGACGUGGUCAGCUUCUCGCAGGAGCAGUUCCGGCUGGUGCACGUGGAGGUGGAGGUGAGGGAUGUCAACGACCACGCGCCGCGCUUCCCUCGGGCCCAGAUCCCAGUGGAGGUGUCCGAGGGCGCGGCGGUGGGCACGCGCAUCCCCCUGGAGGUGCCGGUGGAUGAAGACGUGGGGGCUAAUGGUCUGCAGACCAUGCGCCUGACCGAGCCCAACAGCCCCUUCCGCGUGGAGCUGCCCUACACCGUGCGAGUGGGCGACGAGAACGACAACGCGCCGCUCUUCACGCGGCCGGUAUAUGAGGUGUCGGUGCGCGAGAACAACCCGCCCGGGGCCUACCUGGCCACGGUGGCCGCGCGGGACCCAGACCUGGGCCGUAACGGCCAGGUCACCUACCGCCUGCUAGAGGCCGAGCUUCGACUUGAGGUGUCGGUGCGCGAGAACAACCCGCCCGGGGCCUACCUGGCCACGGUGGCCGCGCGGGACCCAGACCUGGGCCGUAACGGCCAGGUCACCUACCGCCUGCUAGAGGCCGAGGUGGGCCGCUCCGGGGACGCCGUGUCCACUUACGUCUCUGUGGAUCCGGCUACCGGGGCUAUUUAUGCACUGCGCAGCUUCGACUACGAGAUGCUGCGCCAGCUUGACGUGCGGAUCCAGGCCAGCGAUAGCGGCACCCCUCAGCUUUCCAGCAGUGCGCUUGUGCAAGUCCGCGUGCUAGAUCAGAACGACCACGCGCCGGUCCUGGUGCACCCCGCACCAGCCAACGGCUCCCUAGAGGUAGCAGUUCCUGGGCGCACUGUAAAGGACACAGCUGUGGCGCGCGUGCAGGCCCGGGAUGCAGACGAGGGCGCCAACGGGGAGCUGGUGUUCGACCUGCAGCAGCAGGAGCCACGCGAAGCCUUCUCCAUCGGCCGCCGCACGGGGGAGAUCGUGCUCACCGGAGACCUCUCGCAGGAACCUCCGGGCCGCGUGUUCAGAGCUCUGCUGGUCAUAUCCGACGGCGGCCGCCCGCUCCGCGGCGCGCACGCCGAGCCCUAUGGUGCCUCCCCGGGCUUCGGAAAGGAGCCAGCACCCCCUGUGGCGGUCUGGAAGGGACACUCAUUCAACACCAUCUCUGGCCGAGAAGCAGAGAAGUUCAGCGGCAAAGACAGCGGCAAAGGGGACAGUGAUUUCAACGACAGUGAUUCCGACAUCAGCGGGGACGCUCUGAAAAAGGAUCUUAUCAACCACAUGCAGAGUGGACUGUGGGCGUGCACUGCUGAGUGUAAGAUCCUGGGCCACUCUGACCGCUGCUGGAGCCCAUCGUGUGGGGGACCCAAUGCUCACCCCCCACCUCACCCGCCAGCCCAGAUGUCCACCUUCUGUAAGAGUACGUCCCUGCCUCGGGAUCCUGUGCGUAGAGACAAUUACUACCAGGCCCAGCUUCCCAAGACAGUGGGGCUUCAGAGCGUCUACGAGAAAGUGCUGCACAGAGACUACGACCGGACAGUCACCCUGCUCUCCCCGCCCCGUCCAGGGAGGCUCCCAGACCUGCAGGAGAUCGGAGUGCCCCUCUACCAGUCUCCCCCUGGCAGAUACAUGUCCCCAAAGAAGGGAACCGAUGAAAAUGUGUAACCCUAUGCUGCAUGUCUUCACACACAUAUACAGGUCACUCUGAGAAGCCCCUAAGUUAUUGACCAGUUUCAGUGUUGUAUAUAUAAAUAUGCAAGAUGUGCCUUAAAAUGAAGUUGUUGGAAGCUAUUUCCAAUCACAUUGGUACUGUUUGGUAUUUGCAAACAAAAAAAAAUGUAGUUUAGGUAAUUUUUAUGAAAUGUGUGCAGUAUUUAAUUUUUCUUAUCAUGCUAUUGAGUUUAAUUUCAAUUGCAGCUUGCCAUUUUCUUAGUGUUUUUAACCUGUACAUUGUGUAAUGUAAUGUUUGUAUAUAAUGAAAUUUUGUUAUAUUUUUAUAUAAUAAAAAGCUAAAGUGGAAAUUAUUGCCAAAGGAACUGUCUGUAGGACAAAAAACAAAACACAUUGGAAUAACUUAAUGGAAAUUUAUCUUUCACCAGAAACCACCUAGUGUUUGAGAAAGUUUGCCUUGCCAAGUAUAACUUGUAUACCUUGAGUCUGUGGUAGAUUUCAAGUUCAAUGUUACUUAAUUACAUUUGGUUUUCUGUAAACCAUGUCACUUAUAAGCACAGUAA